UUUAUAUAUAACAACCUGUAACUAUGGUUGUUUAUAUCCAAGAAAUUCCAUACAAAAGCUAGUUAUCGCUGAUUUAGCAUUGAAAUUUACAGCCAUGUGAUAAUCAUCUUUGCUACUUUGCAUUGUCAUCACUGGAAAAGUUGGUGGAAUAUACUUGUAGUCUUGUACAAUGUACAUGGUCAUGGAUAUACUAUAGUUGUGGUGUGGUGACUGUCCACAACAACCUUGUGCCAAAUAUGGAUAUGAUAUCAAAGGUUGCCUCUGCUACAAUGGCUGGUAGGUCCAUUCCAGGUUGCCCGUGGACAUUUGCUAAUGACAUGAGAAAAAUGGUUAACAACAAGGAGUUCAGCAAUGCUAAAUUUAUUGUUGGGUCAUCAAGAGUGCAAAUUUUUGGGAACAGCUGUAUUCUUUCUGCAAGGUCCCAAGUAUUUAAAGCAAUGUUUGAAAAUGAAGAUGGUCUGCACACUGCUUGUUUAGAAAACCCUAUAAUAUUGCCUGAUAUUGCACCAGAAACAUUUCAUUGUCUGUUGGAGUUUCUCUACACUAACUGCUGUACACUGCAUGAGGAAAACGUGAUCGAUGUUCUUGCUAGCGCUGCGGAAUACUCGUUAGAUGAAUUACAACAAAUUUGUGGGGAAUUUAUCGCUAAUACACUAAGUAUUUCAACUGCGUGUGCUGCAAUGCAGGUUUCUGUGAUGUAUAAUCUGUUAAAUUUAAAAGAAACUGUUCUCGCCUACAUUGAAAAAAACGCUCAUGAAGUCUUCAAAACAGAGGCUUUCCAUGAACUAUCAGAAGAAGCUUUUAGUGUUCUUUUAUCCAGUGAUAACUUGAAUAUUGAUGAACUUGAUCUAAUCGCUUUGGUGAGAGAAUGGGCAACUGUAAACUCGAUUGGUCUCAAUAAACCCAUUCAGGAAUUGACUAAAAAUAUUGUUCAGCAUCUUCGUUUAUUGCUGUUGUCUCCGGAUGAAUUGACAAUAGUCGAAGCUGAAAACGAGAAGGAUAUUCUGAUUCCGAUUAAAAUGAUCUCUGAUGCUUGGAAAUACCACGCCUUAAAAUCGUCAUCUGCCGUCGGUCCAUCAACAGCUGUUAGGCCACGUUCUGGGACAAAGGGAAGAACAUCCCAGAGAAAAUCAAGUUCAAGCACUAAAUGAUCUCAGCUUCUAGAACAUGUAAAUAUUUGGUCAAAUUUUCCCCAUAUACGUACUUCUGUGGUAGUUAGUCUUGUCUUCUGAUCUAUUUCCAGCCUCGAUCUUCCGCUUGGCGUGAAGGUCUCACGGCGAUAAAAUCUCGCAAGGGAAGAUUGAGAGUGUGGGCGAUCCAUUUAUAUAGGAGAAGUUAAUGCCUUUGACGGCAGUAAAAAGGAUUAUCAGACAUUUGUCAAAUGGACUUAAUUUGUCGUAUGUAUGCCUAAAAGCAUAUAAAUUAUAUAAGUAUAUUUUUAUUAUUUCUAUAUUGAAUAUUAUUACAACAUUAAGAUAAAGGGUCACUGUACUCAAACCAAAUCUUAAAAAAGUUUCUAAAGAUAUACGCGUGUUCCGUCCAGAGAAAAAUACGGGGGGUUUUCUGAAGAUUAUAUGAUCCACUAUACAGUCCACUCUACUGUGCAUGCGUAGAUUCUUAUGCUGUAGUUUG